AUGGCUUUCCUCUUCUCAGGAUCCACGUUAUCCAUACUCCUUGCUGGUUCAACCAUCAUCACUUCCGUGUCCGCGGUGAAUGACUGGAACACACCCUGUUUCGAUGGGACCUGUCAAUAUUCUCUCACCGCUUUGCCUGGUCAGAACGGGUCGGGGACUAUGCAGAUUUGGGGCUCAUCCAACGCGAUCUCCGAUAUAACCACCGCUGCAGGAUGGGAAAUUCUCAAUUGCUCAGCUACCGCGAUGGCUCAGGAUAUCCGUCUAGUGUGUAUGAGCAGUGAUACGGAGGGAACUGGAUGCGAUCAUUUAUUUCAAGCUGGUGGGGCGGAGGGAAAGUUGGUUAGGUUACCGGAAGAUUGUGGAAUGAGUCCGUUUGCGCGAGUUGCUCAGUCUUAUGUAUCUGGUGAUCAGUCGAUUCCUGCGGGCAUUUCUGCACGGUUCGUCAGAAGAGAUGGGGAAAAUGGGACUGGCAGUGGUAAUAGUUCCUUACCUCAAGUCCAAGGUUUAUCGCUGGAUACGAAUUUCAGUGCGGUUGAUCCGUCUAGAUACGGAAACAUUAAUAUCGCUGUCCAAGGAGCCAACUUUGCUGGUGCAGAUGUUAAUGGGACCUUAGUGUCCACUGCUACCGCAAAAAGAAGGAGUGGAUUGAGCUAUAAUGUCAGUGCUCGAGAUUUAUCGGAUUUCGUUGGAAAUGCUAUUGAUUCCAUCAAGUCCCUCUCUUCAUUCAACACCACAAAAACCAUCUCUCUUCCCCCUGUUAGCGUCGAUAAAUCGGCAACUCUCCUCAAUAAAGACAUCAAAUGCGGGAAUGUCGAUAUCAACGUGGACUUGGGUGUAGACGGCAAAGCUCAGGCGCAAAUAAGCCUGGGUGUGGCUGCGCAAGGGACAAUUGUGCCUCCAGACUUGAAUGAUUUUGCGGUAACGGUUGGGAUGGAUGCGGUUAUUGAUGGAACCGUGGAUUUGAGUGCGGGAGUUUCGACUACAUUUGACACUGGCAAGAUUCAAGUUGUGCCGCCCCUUGGGAUUCCGGGGUUAGAUUUUCCUGGUAUCCUCACCAUCGGACCUAGCUUCGACGUUCAAGCCGAAGCUACCGCAAAACUCGACAUAGCAGCAGACUUGAAAGUUGGAAUUGUGUAUAAUAUCUCAAAUGCCCAGCUAGUGUUCCCAGAUAAGAAUAAUCAGAGUGGAGGAAAUUUCGGUGUUGGCGAUACUCCUCUAACUCUCUCCGUAACCCCUUCCGUCAAAUCUACCGGAUCCCUUACCGCACACUUGAUCCCAAGUCUCAACCUUGGCAUACAAGCUCUAGAUAACAUUGCUUCGGCAACGGUGUUUUUAGAUCUCGACGCUAGUGCUACCAUGCAGCUCUCUUUGGAUGCUGUGGAUAGUGCAAGUGUCAGCGUCGAUAAUGGAGAGUCUUCCUCGAGCUCAAGUACUACCACUACCACAUCUUCAACCGGUCUGCAAUUCGGCGGAUGCGUCGAGAUCGACACCGGACUAGCUGUAAACGCAGGCGCAGACGCCAAAUUCUUCGAUCUCUUCGACGCUAGUACGCAGGUCCCGUUGUUCAGUAAGGAAUUUGUGUUGUUCAAGGUAAAUACUGAGUUAAUGUUUAUCAUAUUUCAAAGUAAAUUUAUGAGUUUGUGUUGUUGUCUAUCUAGAAAUGCUUUGGGAAUGGAAACGCUACAGGUUCUGGCACGCGAAGACGGCGGUCUCCCUCCUCAUCCUUCUCAUCUCUUCCUCACCAGUUGA